GUGACGUCAGACGUAAACACAGCAGCAGCAGGCACGCAUGGCCUGCUGCUGCCUCGCCAGCUGGAGUUGACGAUGUUACAAAUAAAAAAACGCCUGAGGUACAGCACGCCGGGGGUCGCCGCUGCGAGGUUGUUCUCCUCCGGUCCUGUCAAAAACCCUGUCGUGUUUCUGGACGUGGAGGCCGACGGUGAACCUCUCGGAAGGAUAAUCAUCGAGUUGAAUGCAGAUGUAGUGCCAAGGACAGCAGAAAACUUCAAAGCACUGUGCACUGGAGAGCAUGGAUUUGGAUACAAGGGAUCUGUGUUUCACAGGAUCAUACCUGAGUUCAUGUGUCAGGGAGGAGAUUUCACCAAACACAACGGCACAGGGGGGAAAUCUAUCUACGGGAAAACGUUCAAAGAUGAAAACUUCAAAUUAAAACACACCAGUCCAGGAACACUUUCAAUGGCAAAUUCAGGGCCAAACACCAACGGCUCCCAGUUCUUCAUCAGCACAACUAAAACUGAUUGGCUCGAUGGUAAACACGUGGUGUUCGGGCAGGUGAAGGAAGGCAUGGAUGUUGUCGCAAAGAUGGAAUCCUUUGGUUUACAUGAUGGCGGUGUGAUCAAGAAAAUUGUCAUCACUGACUGUGGUGAGAUCAAAUAACACUUUGGAUCACACGUUGGACAUCUGCCGGAUGAUUCAGAAUGCAGCGAUUUACCUCUUUCAUCCUUUUCACGAUACUUUCCAGGAGGAACGACAGACGGUCUUGCCUAAAUUCUGAAAUACAUAUAUAUAUUUAUCAUUUCACACUAAAAAUCUGGUAUGAUUCUCAGCUUCUGAAUAAUACUAAGUAUGGCAAGAUUAAUUAAGGAGUUAUACAAAUACAUUUGUAUCUAAGUUGCUACAGAUUUAACUUGACCUCUCUACUUUGUGUGAACGUCCAGAAGUUAUCCACUAUGUAAAAUGUUCUUAUUGUGCAAUUACUUUCCAGUUACUGCCAAAUAAAUCACCAUUUUCAGAUUUUACUAGCUCUGCUCUUAGUACAGGACAUUUGCUCUCCUGUGCCAUCAGCCCUGCUGGUUUUAAAGCUUCCUGGAAAUGAUCCAGCAGCUUUUUUUAGACACCGGCUCUCCAGCACGGCUGACUUCCUGUCCAUCAGAGCAGGAUGUGACAUCAUGUGACAUCCACCUACAGUGGAGCUGAAAUAUCAUAUGAAAGCAGUUUAGAGAUGAUAGACCUGAGGGCUACAGUCUCAUUGGACACAGUGAAUCCAGAUGAUUUUAAUCUGCUGGAACCACCUGAAAAUGUCUUCUGCUUGUAUGUGGGCCGCUCUUUCCUUUCACUGUUUUUUUUAUUCGAAACACAGAGUGUCUGGUGGAGAGAGAGAGAGAGAGAGAAAGGGAGGCCAGGACAUGUCUGAAAGCCAGAGACUGGGUGGUGCUGCUUAUCGAGCUAAUACUUUAUGAAAGUAAAUAAUGAAGCGACGUGAAAAAACAGCUCUUGUCCCUAAAUGAAACCAUAUGCGAGCUGACCUUACACCGUUUGUUUGAAUUCUCAGAUUACAUUGUUGCUAUAGAGACUUUUCAGCUCUCGCUCUGUUUGAGCUAGAGAUGUUGUAACAAACUUGAUAUAAUUUGGGUCCCCACCCUCUGGUUUAGUUUUAGUUAUUUGGAAUGCACGUCCAAUAUUGUGCAUGGAAACUUGGCUCGAGAGACGGCGGUGCUGUGGCCAACAUUUAAUACACAUGCGAAACAAUGACAUCUUUACAACUGGUACAAGCUGGUUCUUUUGCUGUAAACGUCUACUUUUAAUCACACAGCACCCAUGUCCGCGGGUGUCCUUUUUUGUGUUUUGGUUUUCCUGUCCACAGUUUGAGUCAAAGUGUUGAAAUCAGGUCCUGUCAGGUCGAUGUGUCUGACAUCUUUCAGCACUUUAAGGGAAAGUGGAAAAAAGUACGGGACUCUCCUCUUUCUGGGUUACACAACCUCCAUGAAGAACCCAUUAAAGACACCUGUUUAUCAUAAUCUAUAGGCUUCAGUCUUGCGUAAGACUUUGUGCUUGUACUCAAAGAUGAUGAAAACAUAAACCCUUUAUGAUGAAUAUUAUACAGACAGCAGCUUUCAGAAAGCAAUGUGUUGCUCUUGGCUGAAGUUGAACUCCGUAGUGAACACCUCCCAGUUACUGGUAACAACAAUAUAGCAGAGGAACCAAACAAAAAAAACCCACAUAAUCCAAGCAGUUCUAAUUUAAUAUGACUUUUAUUCAUCAAACUCUCGACAGCAACUAAAGCACUAAACUGCUUUCCCAACUAACAAAUAAGGCACAUUUUGGAAUGCCGUUUCAUGGACAUGAAAAACAGACCUGUGGUCUAGUCUCGAAACCAUGACUGUCCUUGUUUCCCAAAAUCGUUGUCUUCCCUACCUCACGCCUGUGUUCUGUCCAAUUCAAAUAUUACAUUAUUGCAAUAUUGUAUUACAAACAUCUCAAGUGAUACAGACAGUAAAGAAUACAAACACAACUUUCCAAAUUGACCACAUAAGUGUUAACACAUUACAUUCAGUAAAUACGUAUUAUUCGCAGAGACUACGCUAGCUGUAAAUGAAAUACUUCAGGACUAAUAACAAUCAGAAGUUGCUGAUAAUGUUAAACAAUAUGUACUGUAGCAAACUACUGUAAAGUAUUUAAAUAAGUAAUACAUUGCACAAAAAAAUAUUUCAUUCAAAACCAAACACAUGCACAUGCAAACUCUAAAAUAGUUCUUUGUCACACACGCUUUCUUGACAAAAGUAUACACUCCCUAAACUAAUAACACGUAACAUUUUAUAAUAGUUUCUUGUCAUUGCUGCUUUAAGCAAACUACAUCUCACAGUUUAAUGUGCUUAUACAGUGGUGAGUAUCCGUCACUAAUAAGGAUUUCUGCAGGUUAACACAAUAUAUCUUCAUAAUAUUGUUUACAAAAUGAAUACAUGCGACUGUAUGGAUGUAAAUGGCAGCACACAAUUAGUUACAUAUAGCAAACUGAAUAACAUUGUGGGUUAUUCAACACCGAUAACAUCAUAAAACAAAACACAAAAAUACAAUGGCUUAUAAUUGAGAAAGGGUAUUAAUUAUGUACCAGCUUUUUAUUUAAUAAUAUUCUAUGUAGACAUCAAUAUUUCCUUCUUAGUGUAACUUUGUUGCAUAUUCUAUACAAAAAGUGUUGUAAAAAAUCUUUCCAUAAAUAUUUCUGUAGGAUAACCCCUCAGAUUAUUGUAAAACAAAGAAAAGAAAAAAAAACUCCCAGCUUUGUUUAUUUCUCAGCAAUAGGCCCUUCUUCACACAAAAAAGCUUCAAUAUUGCAUAACACUUUAAAAGAGCUACUAUCCUUGAAAAUGAUGGCCAUCAAAUAUAUACAUAACAGUCUAUCUUUGUCAGGGAAAUAACUCUUGAGUUUUUGCAGAUUGCUUGAAAAUUUUCAACAUCUAUUAAGUGUUCCAAAAUACACAUCUCAUUCAUAGAAAAUAACAAAUUUGAACUGAAAAGGUACUAGAAAAGUCAAGUAUAUGUAAUUCAAGACAUUACGUCCGAAAGCAGAGAUCUUUUUUUUUUUUCUUUUUUUCUUGCAAAUGUAUUGUAUCAACUGCUUCCAUUGGCUCUUGAUUUGCCAUUUAAAAUGGCGUCCUCAUAACAUGUCUCUGGGCGGAAUCAAACGCUCAAACAGGAUUUCUCAUUUCUAUUCUGCCAGAACUCUGAAUCACAAUAACAUAGUUACCUGUUUGAGGUUAGUUCAUAAGGCAUCAUUGGUAUCUAUUCCUCUCACUACAGCCACAUGCUAUGCUGUGGACAAUAAGGUACAGAUAUAAAUUCCUGUUAGGUUAGUGUCAUCACACAGAGCAAAGGAAAGAUGAUGGAAACAGUAAAAGAAAUGGAUUGUUCCCAACAGUGGCGAGCUGAAAUCUUUCAUUUAGAUAAGGUCUUUAACUCAAACGUGGUAAUAUAGAUGCACAACUGCCAAUUCCUUCUUUUAAAGGGGCACUCCAACAAUUAUGCUCAUAAAGUUCAGUUUAUUCGUCACAGGAAGUACUACUGACGGUUGCAUAUCUCUACUUCUGAAGGAGCUUUGUCAAGUUAGAGGAAAAAAAAAAACGAAACCUAGUGAUCGUUUUUAGUCCUGCCAAUUUUGCUGAAAAAUGGGCUGGACUUAUACAAAUAUGUGAGGGUUAUCUCAUUUUAGGCUCGGAGACAGAUUUUUAACAAAAAGGUUUAGAGAUGGAGUAUUUAACAUGCUAGGUAAGUCUCCUAAAAGACUAGUUUGCAUUCUAGGAAAUGUGGGCAAUGCUAGGGACUAAAAGUAAAGAUAUCUCAGCCUCUGCUGCAUUGACUACUUAGUCUCUCUUGCAGGGUUCCCACCCAGUAAUACUAUAGAAAUACUAAAACACUGGAGUGCCCCUUUAACUUUCCAGAUGGAAUUUAGCAAAAUUUCCCAAACAUGUGAAGGUACCAUGAUCAGCCACUGCAAACUCUCCCACUAAGGCAUGUGACCAUGUAUAUUUUUUGAAAAAACCCACGGUUCCUUGGAUAAACACAACUACAAUAGAUUAAAAAAACAGCGAGGUCCACAGUUUCAUGUGCGACUCCGUUCUGUUGUGAGGAUCGACUAAGAAAUAACAUCUUUGUUGAUAUUCCAUGACAACAGACCACGGUAGGAUUGUUAUUGCCAGCUGGAAAUGCUGUUUCAGCCCGUGCCUCCAACCCAGCAAACUGCAUUGAAGCGAACACCCACCAUGCCAAAAUACUAAUAGACUGUAUCAUUUUCUUGUCCUUUGUCACAUCUAGAACCUGCGAUAAACUUACUAUGCAUCACAGUUACCACAUGCACGUAAACUGCUCCAACUCCAAGCCUAUCACCACAUGUCUUUUCUUAAUUUCAAAUGGCCUCCAAGUCCUGAUACUUCAGAAUGAUUUAAAUCUUUUUAAGGCACAUACAGUAUGUUACAGUAUAAAAUAUAGUCAACCAGCGUUUAUAAGGCUAGAAAUACAGUACAAAUAAAAUAGUUCACAAUUCCUAUAACAAUGUUCCUUGAAAGGCAGGUUUCUAUAUGUCCAAACUACAUAAAUUUCCUCUGUAGUGCUUAGGUUUGCACUGUGAUAUAUGUAAACAGGAUGGGUACUUCUCUUCCUUUAAAGACAUUGGUUUAUAAUAGUAGGCACUUAAAUUCAUAAAAAAAAAUGAAUACAUCACUUUCAAUAUAUCCUUGAAUCUUCAGCAUCACCACAUCACAGAUCAGCCCUUCUAUAUUAAAUCGUAUUCUUUCUCUCAACCAACCUGAAAGUCAUUGCAUUUCUCCAAAGUUUCACCUCCCUCUGGACAAUCUUUACACCGCAGUCAGCUGUUUGACAUAGUUUUGAAGGAUGCAAGCCCUUGGAAGAGUUUCCUUUUAGCUUCACUGACUCCACGAAGGUGGUCAGGCAUCGAAAUGUGAACUCAAAUAUCUUUCUGAAUCUCUUUCAAAAAAAUCAUCUCCUUUUGUAUUUUACAAAUUUGUGGUUGAAAUCUAAUCAGGCUUUACAUGUGAACAGUUCGAUCAUGUUUCAUAAUGCUUAUCAAAUUGUGGCAGUACAUUUUUAUUAGAUACAUUUUUUUUUUUUAGCUUUGUAAAAUCUAAUAUUCAGACACUGGCAAGAAACUGUGGACGGCAAGAUUAUUAUUACUAAAGCUACUAUUUUCCUACAGCUCCUUUUCAGUUGACAUUCUUGUGAUUUCAAAUUAAA